AUGUAGUGUCGCAAAGUUGAACCGAAUGUUAUUAUGAAUUCGGCAAGAUUAGUUCAACGUCCCAAUGAGACAAAUAAACUUGAAGAAGAGAUUGUUCAUGUAAUAAAGAGUCCAGAAAAAAAGAGUCCCCAUAAUGGUAAAUCACUCAAACGUACUUCUUCUGGUCCAAUCAUAAAUUUACAACAAUAAAUAAUAAUACAUCAAAAUGCUCCUACAAAAGACUCAUAAGUUUUAUUGAAAUUCAAGAAUUAAAUGAAGAAGAAGAAAAAGAAGAAGAAGAUUUAAAAGAAAAAGAAAAUAUAAACAAUAGAUUAAUAAGGAUCAGAAAUUAGAGUAGAAUAACUAUUAAAAUAAAACUUAAGAAAACAUUAAAGUAUUUUUAUAUCAUUUAUCAAUAGAGGAAAAACAAGAAUAAAUGAUCAAAGAAGAGAUAUAAAAGUAAAGAGUAGUUAGUUUUAAUGAAAUGAGAAAAAUUAUGGAUUAACAAAUAAGAUAAAUUAAUUAGUAAAGAUUUGUUAGAGUAAAUUUUACAUUCUAUUUCUAUAAAGUCAAAAUCUCCACCAUCAUCCAUGUUACCUUGGGGAGUUGAUUAGAAUAAACUUAAAUAAUAUUGGACAAAGAUGUUGGAAAUCCAUGAUAAAUUAGAGAAGCCAUAAUAAGUAAAUCAAACAGCUACAGAACAUGCUAUUAAAGAGAAAAUUAGAAGACAUAAAUUAGGAUUAGAUUUUUUAAAUUCUAAGCCAGAAAGAGAUAUUUAAAAAAUGAUACAAAGUAAAAUACAAUUCAAAAUUUUUUAGAAUAAAAAUCUAAAUAGGUGUUAGAAACUAUUUCAUCUCCUUAAAAACAUAAAAGUAGUUGUGAAAAUAAAGAAGCUGAAUAAGAUGUUAAAUUAUAUAUGAUGUAUAAGAGAGAAUUAUGGAGACAAUAAAAAAUUGAAGAGUAUCUUUAAUUUAUUUAUUAUUUAGAAAAUAAUUAUAAAAAUUAAAAAAGGAAAAAUUGCAAUAAAAUUUGUAAAUACUAGAUUAAGAAGCUAAACUUUUUGCUAAAUCCAGAAAUGCUUCAGUUAAAUCUAAUUUAACAGCAUAAGCAGCUUCUUAUCAUGCAUAAUAAUCAUCUCAACAUUUUAGAACUUCUGAACCUCCAAAUUUUAAUAAAUUAGAAAAAGAAUAUAAGGAACUUAUGAGAUCUCUCAGAUAAUCAAGCUAUAGCAGUACUUAAUCUCAUUCAAGAAAAACAAGUUAAAUGAAAUUUCUAGAUUGGUUAUAACAUUUACCUGAAUCUUAUCUCUAAGAAUAACUCUCUCAAAUGUAAGCUAUUAAUGAACAAAUGAAUAAUAAAGGAUUUUAAUAUAAAUUAAGUGAAUAAGAAAUGUAUCAAUUUUUAGAAUAAUUUCUUAAAGAAAAGUUUGAAUAAUAAACUAAAUCUACUAUUAAAGAUCGAUUUAAUGAAUUAUAAGAAAGAUUUUAAUAAGUUUCUUAAUAAUAACUAUCAAAUAGUUAACAAUAAUCUCAAAUAUAAAAUAUAACUCACUAAAGUCAUUAAAGUAACAGAAGUCUAAAUUAAAAAGAAAAAGUAUCCACAUCUCCUAAAGAAUACACUAUAAAUGAAAUGAGUGAAGAGGAAUUAGAAUAAAUUUAAAAUGUGGCUGCUACUAUGAUAUAAAAGGUUUGGAGAGGUUAUAAAACUAGAUAAGUGGUAUUUGAAUAUCUUUAAUAUUUAAUAUAAGAGUAAGAAUUAGAGGAAUAAAAUACUGAAGGACAUAAAUUAUAAUAGCAAUUUGAGGGAUUAUCUUAAGAGGAAGAAGUAAAAUCUUUUAACUAAAUGACUGAUUCAGAAAGAAGAUUAAAUCCUCUUGAUUUAAAUUAUAAAGAUUCUCCAUUUCCUCAAUUUUAAGGUCAUGCACCACCUCCUUCAGAAUCUUUAUAAUAAUCUUCGCUUUAACAUUCAAGUCCUCGAGGAAAUACAAGUAUUCCUCCUCUAAAUUUAGAUUCAUUCUCCUAAUAAUAAUCAUCUCCUUAAAAGUCUGUUUAAUAAUAAUAAGAACAGAAAUAAUAAUAAUAAUAAUAAUAAUAAUAAUAAUAAUAAUAAUAAUAAUAAUAAUAAUAAUAAUAGUAAUAGUAAUAGUAAUAGUAAUAGUAAUAAUAAUAAUAGUAAUAGUAAUAAUAAUAAUAAUAAUAAUAAUAAUAAUAAUAAUAAUAAUAAUAUUAAUAGUAACAAUAAUAAUAAAAAUAAUAAGAAUAAUAAUAAUAACAAUUAAAAUUAUAAGAAUAAUAAUAGCAAUAAAAAUAGUAGGAAUAAUAAUUGUUAUCAGAAUCCUAAAUAUAAGAGUAAGAAAUAAAUUAGAAUUCUACACCAUAAAAAAGUAUUCAUUUAUAUCAUGGAGUGAAUACUGAUCCUGAAUACUUUAUGUAAGUAAUAAAAUUAAGAGAAGAGGCAUUAUAAUAGAAAUAUGACUAAUAACUAGCAUUAUUAGAAAAAAUGUUAGAUAAAAAGAAAGUUUCAAAUGAUUUGUUUUCGGAGAACAAAGAAAAAUUAGAUAAAAGAUAUAGAAGGGAAAGAGAUAGGUUAUAAUAAUCAAAAAUAGAAGUAGAAAGAUUACAUCAAAUGUUUAAGGACACUAUUAAAUCAACACAGAAAGAUCAACAAUUUAUGGAAAGAAUGAAAAUUUAAACUGAUGAAGAGAAUUUGUCUAUUAGAUAAAUAUUUUCAAUUCGUUCUGAAACAGAAUAAUCUGAUGGAGAAAUAGAAAAGAGAUCUAUACCACAUUAUGGAUUAUUAUAAUAAAUAAGUAUUAAUUAAUUAAUAAUUUAGAGAAUGAUUAAUUUAAGAAAUAUUCUAAAAAUAGAAAAUAAGUUAGAAGUUUUGAUUAAUAAGUAAGUUUAGAUGAAAUUUCUAUGAAAAAUGAAGAAAUAUAAACAAGCACAAUUUUUAAUGUUCACACAGAAUCUAUAAAUCAUUCAUUACAUAAAUCUUAAUAAUUACCAUCUACACUUUAAUAAUCUGUUCCUUCUUAAGAAAUAGUAUAAAUUGAAACUGUUGAAAGUCCUGAGAAUUAAGUUAUUGAAAUAAGAGAAGAUUUCAAACAUUCAAUAAUUCCUUUCGAUGAUAGAAAAAUUGAUAAUCUGACUGAAAAUAUAGUUUCAAACAUUAUUUCAGAAUUUGCUGAAGAGUUAAAUAAUUUUCCCUUAUAAUCUCUUGGCGUAUUAAUGGAAUGGGAUGAAGAAUCUCAAUUAGACUAAUAAUUUCCUCCUGGAUUUCCAACAACUCUUAAUUUUAUUAAAGAUUAUCUCGUAUCAUUUAGUGAAUUUAUUUAAAGUAAGAAUUAUUAUUAAUAUUUUAGAACACUAUCUUGCAGUCUUUAUUUAAUAAGUAAAUACUCCAUUAGGAAUUACACCAUAAGAUUUAUUAAAGACAAUCUCUCUAAGUGAUAUGUAAUAAAAUGCCCUAGAUGACUCAACAUCAGGACCUUUGUAUCCAUUGAUUAAACAUAUUCAUUAAAUGGAACCUUUAAUUGAUGAAGAAAUAUGGAAUAAAUUUAAUUAAUCUUAUGCUCUCAAAUUAAAAUACUUUAACGAUAUUAAUAUAAGUGAAUAAUUUAAGGAACUAGAAAUUUAUCAUUUAAGAAUGAUUUAUGAAGCUUUUAAUGAGGCUAUAAAUUAUGUAAGACCAUUUGGAAUCAGAGGAUAACCAUAUCCAUGGAAAUCAAAUCCUUUAAAAGUCUAUUAAAAUUAAACAACUUAAGAAUCAAUAGAUAGAGCUAUGGGAUUUGCAAUUGCAAAAAUGUUAAAAUGGGGUUCUUUUUUAUGUGGAUUCAUUCCUGAAAAAAUAGAGACACCUUAAGGAGAAAUAAUUGUUAUAGAAGAUGAUUAUUUGAAUUAAAUAAAAGAAGAUAGGUUAUAGUAAAUGUUAGAAUAUGAAGUAAUAAAUAUUUUGAUAAAUUUUAGAUUCAAGAAUCUGAAGAAAAAUGGUUAAAUUAUGAUGAAGAAUAAGCUGAAGUGGCAGUAGAAUUAGCUGAUGUUGUAUUUGAAACUAUGUUGGAUGAAGCAGCAGAAGAGAUAUUCAAAAUUACAUCAGUAGGUAAGUACUAAAUAAAAGAUUUUCAAUAAUGA